ACUCGUAGCACAACCCUUGAGAGAAAAUUUCUCCGUCUGCAAAGCGCAGAAGGUCGCAAUAGCCGACAUGAAGGCAGUUAUCAACCAACUGGCGAGUUCAACACCGGGAUGGGUUGAGAUCUACUCGCACCGCUUGCUCUUGCCUAUCUAUUCGACCGCUCGUGAACCUAGAAAAAUGUUUUUUUUUUCUUUUUUCUGCUGUCAGCAGGGCACGAUAUAGCCCCUACCGUAUAUCUUGUCCGGAGAGGGACCUAUGAUGGUUGGGUUUUGUCGCUGCAAAGCGAAGUCUCGAAGUGCGGCCAUCCCCUGCCCAGGUCGUUGCAAUCUCGCAUGCAGAAUGUGUAAGACCUAUGGAAAGCCCUUAGGCCCUGGUUCCACAACGUUCUAAAUGACACUUGAAUACCGGUAUAAUACUAGGAUUGAAUGGAUUUCGUGGAUAGGUUUACCCGCCGGGAAGUUGGUUAUUUUGACCAGCUAUGCCGGUGCAUUGUUUUGAACAAGCCAUUGGUAAUGCUCCUGGCGUUGUCCUUUGGCCCGAUGCGGGGGUGAAAAGACGGGAGACGGGGCGGAUAUUUUUUUCAGCUCGAGUUGCGAAUAAUUGGGAGUAGCAUUUAUGAUUUGUUGAAUCAGCAGGGUCCGGAGAGCUACUGCGGCUCGAAUUUCGUAGCAUCUUGCCCCCGCCGGUGGGCUCUGCUACUCCUGCGGUGACUAUGGACAGAAAGAAAAUAUAGAGACAAGUGCAACCGUGAACAAAGGAAAGAAAAAGAAAGGCCCGAAAUAGGUACAAAAAGCAGAAAACACCUUAAAAGCAACCAGCCCCCAAUAUACCAAAGUCGAAACAACUGACAGGAAAUAUUAAAGGAAUAUAUAUGAAGUCAUUCGACAACGUCGACCUCUUUUUGCUCCUCUUCGCCCAAGAUCAUGGCGUCGCGGUAUCGUUGCCCGAGGGCCAUUCGGCCGUUCCAGCUAAAUGGAUCGAACUUCAUGUAUUUCUCGGUAUCUUUCACAAGUCGUUUGAUGUCCUUGAUCUCAUCACCGAUCCCACCCACAAGCUUCUCGACAACACCAUCCAUCAGGGCUGUUAG